UUCAAAGCUGCUUGUACCAGCGAAAUUUUUAACAGUUCUUUCGUGCCUGUGGAAAGAUCGUCAGCACCGAUGAAUCUUGUUAAUCAUGAGUGCUUGGUGCUGCAUCGUGAUCAUGAUGUGCACGAUCAACAAUGGAGUCCUGUCUCCGGCACCAAUGAAUGCAGAAGUUAAGGAAACAUACGAUCGUCAGUACUGGUAUGCGCAAGCUCAAGAAACGCUACAAAAGCGUCUCCUAUACGCGACCGAGAAGAAUCCAGUGGCCAAGAACGUAAUAUUAGUCGUUGGUGACGGUAUGAGCUUAACAACAGCGACAGCGGCUAGGAUUUUGCGCGGACAACGGAGAGGUCAAUCAGGGGAAGACGCGGAUCUAGUCUGGGACACUUUUCCCGCAGUUGCUCUUGCAAAGACGUACAAUAUUGAUGCUCAAACGGGCGAAUCCUCCGCCUGCGCAACGGCCCUCUUAUGUGGAGUGAAAGCUCGAUAUGAAACCUUGGGCCUCGACGCUGGAGGUCGUUUUAAUAACUGCGCUUCUGCUAUCAAUUCCAAAGUUACUUCGCUGAUCGACUGGGCGCACGAGGCUGGUAAAUCAAGUGGUAUAGUAACAACAGCGCGUAUCACGCAUGCAACACCAGCAGCGUUGUAUGCGCACGCGCCUUCGAGGUACUGGGAAGAUGACAGCCGCGUGCCACCGACUGUCAGACGCGACUGUAAAGAUAUCGCCUUACAGCUUGUUGAAAAUGAGCCUGGAAGGAGUAUAAAUGUAAUAAUGGGUGGAGGGAGGCGUCACUUCCUACCAACGGUAACCCCUGAUCCUGAGCAUCCGAAUAGAGAAGGUAGAAGAUUAGAUGGUAGGAACUUAGCAGAGGACUGGGCAAGAGAGAAAAAAAGAAGGCGACUCCGAGCCCAAUACAUACAUUCGCGGGAACAACUAGCUAAGUUAGAUCCAAGGACAGUUGACUAUUUAUUAGGUCUAUUUGAAUAUUCUCACAUGGAGUUUAAUGCGGAACGAGGAGCCGUGCUAGACACAGAGGAAGGUACAGCUACUAGUACAACCGUGAAAGCCGACGACCCUUCAUUAGCAGACAUGACUCGUGUGGCACUUGCUAUAUUGACGAAGAAUGACAAAGGAUUCUUUUUACUUCUAGAAGGCGGACGAAUAGAUCACGCUCAUCAUUAUAAUAAUCCCUAUAGAGCACUUGAUGAGACAUUAGAAUUGGAAACGGCGUUAUUAGCGGCCUUGGAAAAAGUAAAUCCGGCAGAGACUCUCAUUGUCGUGACCGCAGACCACGGCCAUGUAAUGACUUUUGGGGGGCAAGCCACACCCAGGGGCCACCCCAUAUUAGGUGCUGAUACAGUAGUAUCAGAUAUUGAUGGUUUAAGAUACACUACUUUACUAUAUGGAACUGGACCAGGACAUUCAGAGCCUCGAGCUCUUCCUUUAAAUGGUACCAGUACUCCAGCUGAUGCAGUUCACGCUGCAGCAGUACCACGGCAAUGGGCGACACAUGGAGGGGAAGACGUGCCAAUUUAUGCCUUAGGUCCAAUGGCGACUGUCUUAUUCGCUGGAGUGGUGGAGCAAAGCUAUAUUCCUCACGCCAUUGCCUACGCUGCAUGUCUUGCGCACCAAGCACGACGAUGUCAUGAAUCGAUUUUCAAUUACACAAAACCACAGGCCAAAUUGCCGAGCUGCGUUCCACCAGAGGUAAGCAGUGUUUCAGCAGCAGAUGAAACAAGAAAUGAAGGAUCCAGCGGGCGUCGUGUCGUUGUCGCGUCGAGUGUCAUGUCAGAUGAAAGAGUUCCGCGUUCACCCGCUCCGCUUAUCGCUCCUCUUGUGAAUGUAAUACACUACCUAAUAUUGUUUGCGUUGAGUUUUGGACUUUAA